AUGAUGAGAGAAUGUCUUCAGUUCCUGAUUGAGCCAGCUAAGAAACUAAAGAUUCGCCUGAAGGAGUCUCGGAAGAGGGUGAAAAAUGUAAAGAAAGAGCCACUAGUGGAGAGUCAGCUUUUCAUUAUGGAGCUGGCCAGAGAACUGAACAGGAUCUGCCAGAGAUCAGACGUUCUCGCACACAUCUGGACCUGUGAGGAUGUUUGGCCCCCUCAUGUAUGUCGAGAAUUCAUUUUAAGUUUGGCUUCAAUGCUGGAUAACAAGGAGAGCCCCUCACGGGAUGAUUUCAGUGUGGAGAAGCGAGACUGGAAGGGCCAUCUGCUGAGCAUGUUGGAACAGGGUGGUGAACAUGACAUGGGUCCCUCCAAGAGGAUCAUCAUGGACUGGACCAGAGGACUUAAGCUCAGGCACCCAACUGGUAUCUGGCCAGGGGAGCCAGUGCUAUUGAUGCUAGACGACCUGGAGACUCAGUGGAAGAGAGGCCGUCUUCCCAACUUACUGUCGGCUAUGGAAUUACUCAUAUGGGCUGUGCUUGGGGAACAUCUGGAAAAGGAGGCCAUUCCACAGCUGUGGCUCCUACAGACUCAGAAGACACAGAGGACUGAUACAUGUUACAUCCCGCACAUCGUGUGGAACUGGAUCGCUGACGCUGCAGUGGAGGUGUACCUUGACCCAGAAACGGCAAACCCUAGCCUAGUUCUCUGUGAUGACAACAAACGCAUGCGCUGCGGCCUGGACAGGCGAGAGGUUCCCAACCACGGGCGACGUUUCAACGGCUGGUCGUGCGCCUUGGGUUCGGAGGGCUUUACCUCGGGCAGACACUAUUGGGAAGUGGAGGUGGGUGACAGAGACUGGCGACUGGGAGUGGCCAAGCAGUCAGCCAUCCUCCAAGGCUACAAAUCCCUCAAUGUGCAGACGGGUUACUUCACGCUUCGCCUGGAGAGGGGGGGUGAGCUGAAGGCUCUGACUGUCCCCCCGACCCCUUUACCUCAGAGCCUCAUCCCUCAGAGGGUGGGAAUCUAUCUGGACUAUGAGGCAGGCCAGCUUACUUUUUACGACAUCCGUAGACGCACACGCAUCUAUACGUUUAACGAGACGUUCACGGAGAAAGUCUACCCGGUGUUCGGCACGGUGGAGAUCAUGAAGGAGCUGGUUAUCCGGCCAGCGGGUAUCAGGGAUCCAUGCCUCUGCCCAGGCCAGUGUCUCUGGGCCUGACUGCAAACAUCUGAUCAUCAA